ACUAACCUCCGCCUCUUAGCUGGGCUGGGCUGUCUGGUAGGCAACAUGUACAAGUAGUUUCUGCACCGGCAAUGAGAUCCAAAUACCUCACACGACUUCAACAUGAAAUCCGGUGUGGAGCACCUGUUCGACGAGCUUGGCCACUUUAAAAGGUUUCAGGCCUGCCUCUACUUCGCCGCUGUUUUCCAGGCAACUUCAUGCGGGAUUCACUACCUGGCCUCCGUUUUCUUGGUGGAAACACCCAAGUUUCUAUGUGAAACUCCUUGGAAUAUCACGGAUGUCCUUUACGGAAACCACUCGGCAAGCUCCCUGGAGGAGAUCUGGCCGUUUUAUACUCCCGGAAAAGGGCCGGUGGUGGUACGGACUGUUAACGGAGAACAGUGGGAACUCGGACCCUGUCGCAAAAUGCUGCGUCGCUACACCCAGGACUUUCAGUAUGAGUUUAUUGGCAACAAAUCUUUAGAGUCAUGCAGCAGCUAUGUUUUUGAUCAUAGCCAGGUAGAACAGAGCAUUGUGACAGAAUGGGACCUGGUGUGUGAGAAGGAAUGGCUAGCUAAGCUUACACAGCCUACCUUUAUGCUGGGAGUCCUGAUCGGAGCACUGCUGUUUGGAGACAUCGCUGAUAGAGUUGGCAGACGUCCCAUUCUGAUGGCCACCAGUGUGUGUCAGUUUGCAUUCGGUGUCACUGUGGCAUUUACAGGAAACUACUACACUUUCAUGGUGAUGCGCUUCCUGCUAGCCAUGGUCUCGAGCGGCUAUCUAGUGGUGGUAUUCGUGUAUGUUACCGAGUUCACAGGCAGCAAAGUGAGGACGUGGACGUCCAUGCACGUGCAUGCGGCAUUUGCGGUUGGCGUCAUGGUGGUCGCGCUGGUCGGUUACCUGAUCCGAGUCUGGUGGCUUUACCAGAUCAUCCUCACCCUCAGCACCUCUCCGUUUCUCCUGUACUGUUGGAAGUUCCCCGAGACACCGUUCUAUCUGAUGGCUAAAGGACGGCACCGGGAAGUCCAGGAGCUCUUGGAUACCAUGGCACGCUGGAAUGGACUGGAGCGCAGAGUGAAGGUGUCGGAGCUGAUAGAGCAAAGUGGGAACGCGCUUCAUGAGGACAGGCAAUCGAGCGGUGAUAUCAGGCUAGAGGAACCGGAGAAGAAGCUGAGCAUCCUGGACAUGUUCGGGAGCUGGAAAAUGGCUGGACGCAGCGCCACAUGUUGGGCAAUCUGGUUCAUCGGCUCACUGGGUUACUACGUGUUCAGCCUGGGCUCUGUCAACCUGGGGGGAAACCAGUACAUCAACCUCUUCCUUGCUGGUGCCGUUGAACUGCCAUCCUACUUAAUCGGCUGCUUUGCGAUGGACCGCGUCGGGAGGAAAAUGACGUGUGCUCCUUCGCUGCUGCUCAGUGGAGUCGCCUGUAUGCUCAUCAUCGCGGUGCCUCAGGACUAUGAGAUUCUGGCCGUCAUCCUGAGUAUGACGGGGAAGUUUGCCAUCGCCAUCGCAUUUGGCCUCAUUUACUUGUACACGUGUGAGCUGUACCCAACAGUCAUCAGGUCACUUGCGGUGGGAAGUGGUAGUAUGUCAUGUCGGAUUGGAAGUGUGAUGGCUCCCUUCUGCGUUUACCUCGCAGAUAUCUGGAUCUACCUUCCUCAGCUUAUUGUGGGCAUCCUGUCUUUCAUUAUCGGAGUUUUGAGCUUCUUCUUGCCGGAGACACUGGGGGAGCCGCUUACCUCCACUCUGGAAGAGGCAGAAGCUCUGGGCACAAAGUCAAGCAAGAAAACAACAAGAGACAAUGAGAUACCAAUGAAGCUAAAUGACAGCAAAGCCUGAGUCAAUCGAGACCGAAGCAAUCGGGGAUUCUCUUGGAAUUGUGCUUCGUAUUUGUGCUGGUUGCACACACUGUAACACCACAUAUUUUUUAGCAAAAGAUCUGUGUAGAAAGACUCCUCUCGUCGAUGACUGACAAAUGAGACGAAAGUGGCACCUAGUUGUGGUAACAGAAGGAAAUGGACUUCUUUAUUUUGGCUUAUGGUACUGAAGUUUAAAGGACUCAACUUUGCAUAACUGGCCUGUCAUAGUGAAUCUGUGAUUUUUUUUUUUCCACUUUUUUAAGGGGUCCAGAUUCUUCUUUGUCUUCUGGCCAAAGUUGUAUCCAUAGAAACUGUUUGGUAAAUUUGGUAGAAUGUUUCAGCGCUUUCUGGUGCUGGGUUAAGACCAAAUUUAAAAGAUGUGCAAGAUAGCAAGAUAAGUGUAGCUUCAGGAGACAUGUGGAAAAUUGGUUUAGAAUUUAUAUAUAGAUGUUUAACAUUGUGUUGUACUACUACUACAUCAUGUUGUACUACUGUAUAGUCUGCAGGGUAAAACUGCUGCUGUCUUAAUCAACUGCUGUCGGUCAAAAGUUUCCUAGUGUUGCAAAUCAUUCUGAAGUAUUUCUCAUUGAAUCAGUGAAUCAGAUUGCGCACAAAACAGUACCAAAGGAGUACGUCGGAGCUGAAAUGAAGACUAGAAUGAAGACUGUAUGAAAGAAAUUUUAUGUCUGAUAUGAUAACUUGCCAAAUUGUAUGUAAGGCAUUUAAUGUUCUGUGUAUAGAGAGCAAUGAUAUAAGCUAUAUAUUUUGUUGUUUUUUGUUUUCAAAAAAAACUGAGUGCCUUGCUCAUGCUGCAGAUGGACCAAUGAGUCUGUGAAUGGACAAAGGUUCACGUGUUUAAACGCUUGGAUAAAACUGUAGUUUAAACAUCCUUCUGUUUGGAUACCAGAUCCGUUGUUUGAAAAAUUAUAGGAUAAAUUUCAUUGGUAUUUUGUUAAAUGUUAUUUUUGUACUGCUGGCUUUUCCAGGUGUUUCUUCGAUACAGUGAAAGAAGUGAAUUGUGGUAAUUACUUGAUUUGUCCUUUAUUGAGGGAAUGUAAUAAAUUUUUCGAAUUCGA